UUCUGGAGAAAGAGAGUUUCCGUCGAACGCCAUUAAUAAUUCCCUUAACGUGUUCCUGAUUUUUCCCCCUUCGCUCUGUUCAUCGCUUCCUUCGCUUGCAAGUCUGUGUCAUCGUGCUGUAUUCAUUUACACUUCUCAGUUCCUACACUCCCUCUCUCCUUCGCCAUUGUUUUCCCCCUCGAUUUUCCACCGACCCUAACACCUCCCCCGAUUCCGAUCAUCAUCUCUCGCUCAAUCCCCAAAUCGGGUUUUCGAAUCGGUUCUACUGCUGAAAUCGCAUCGGGUUUGCGGAGGUUCGUUGGGGAACUUUCCAUGGAGAAGCACGAGAACGGCGUUUGCUCGGCGGAGGCUGUGGAUGGGAGCCGUGAUGUGUGGAGUUGCAAGGAUUCGGAUUCUUCUUCCGCCGAUCACCUCGUUGUUAUGGUCCAUGGAAUCUUAGGGAGUACGGAUGAUUGGAAGUUUGGAGCUGAGCAAUUCGUCAGAAGGCUCCCUGAUAAAGUAUUUGUUCACUGUAGUGAACGGAACACAUCUAAGCUUACUCUAGAUGGAGUGGAUGUAAUGGGCGAGCGUCUGGCAAACGAGGUACUUGAAGUAAUUCAGAGAAGACCUAAUACCCGCAAGAUCUCCUUUGUGGCACAUUCCUUGGGAGGGCUUGCAGCAAGGUAUGCAAUUGGGAGAUUAUACAGACCAGCUACGCAUGAAGAUGGGAUGGGUUCAUCGGCGAAUGUUGGCGAAGAGACUCCAAAUGGGACGAUAUGCGGCCUGGAGGCUAUGAACUUCAUCACUGUAGCUACACCUCAUUUGGGUUCUAGGGGUAAUAAGCAGGUUCCGUUUCUCUUUGGUGUUACUUCCAUUGAGAAAGUAGCAGGUCUUGUUAUCCACUGGAUAUUCAAAAGAACAGGCCGACACCUUUUCCUAAAAGAUGAAGAAGAGGGAAAGCCACCAUUGCUUAGACGCAUGGUGGAAGAUUCUGAUGAUUGUUAUUUCAUAUCUGCGUUGGGUGCCUUCAAAAGGAGGGUUCUUUACUCAAAUGUGGGCUAUGAUCACAUUGUUGGCUGGAGAACAUCAUCUGUCAGGCGUGACGAUGAACUACCAAAGUGGGAGGAUUCUCUUAACGAGAAGUACCCUCAUAUUGUUCAUGAAGAACAUUGCAAACCAUGUGAUGCAGAGAAUAGCUCAGAAGGCGAGGAUAAUUCAGCUGACACAGAAGAGGAGAUGAUCAGAGGCCUCUCGUCCGUUUCAUGGGAGAAAGUCGAUGUUAGCUUCCACAGUAGCAGGCAGAGGUUUGCUGCCCAUAGUGUUAUACAGGUUAAAAACGAAAUAUUGCAUAUAGAAGGAGCGGACGUCAUACAACAUAUGAUUGAUCAUUUCCUCACUUGAAACUUUGUUAGAGCAAGAGACAGUCCACUGAGACCAAUCAACCACACCGGAGGAAAGUUUUUGUUACAAAUUCAUAUUGUAUCAUGUAUGUAUGUAUGUACGUAAUGUACUGUACAACGAGAUGUAAUCAAAUUGAAAAAUGCCACUUACCAAAUCGAAAGCGUUACACGUUUUAUCAAAUAAUAAAAAUGCUCUUGUCCCU